CUAGGUGGGCUAUGGCACCCACUAAUCAAAACGACGCUGUUUCAUUGAUCGACUUCAAACGCCAGUGUCUCCUGCCCUAGAAAUACAAAAAAACUCCCGGUAAACUCCUAAAACCUGAGGAAAGAAAUUAGAUGGUGGCCACCGAAGCGGCAAAAUGCAGUUAAAACCGACUUCUAAUUUACAGAAACGCCUCUACUCUCUAAUUUGUAAUCCUUCGUUCACUUCUUGUGUGUAGUAAAUCUUUAUAAAUCUCGAAUCUAAACCCCUCUGUUAUUUAUAAACCCUAUAAAAAGAACAAGUAAAGAUGCAGCACGAUGAGGUUAUAUGGCAAGUUAUCAGGCACAAUCACUGCAGUUUCAUGGCCAAGAUCGAGACGGGGAAGUUCUGUAGAAACCCUUAUAAUGUAACUGGUAUUUGUAACCGAAGCUCUUGCCCUCUCGCUAACAGUCGAUACGCCACCAUUCGUGACCACGAUGGUGUAUUUUAUUUAUAUAUGAAAACUAUAGAAAGGGCUCACCAACCAAACCAAUUGUGGGAAAGAGUUAAGUUGCCAAGGAAUUACGAGAAGGCACUUGAAAUUAUUGACAAACAUCUGAUGUAUUGGCCCAAGUUUUUGGUACACAAAACAAAACAAAGGUUGACUAAAAUGACUCAGAUGCGGAUUCGCAUGAGAAAGCUUGCUUUGAAAACAAGGGAGAAGAUUAUGACAACACCUAGGAAGGAGAAGAAAAGGGAGGCUAGAAGGGAGGAAAAGGCUGAAAAAGCAGCUGUUUUAGAUAAGAGUAUUGAGAAAGAAUUGCUGGAGCGCCUGAAAAAGGGGGUUUAUGGUGACAUAUAUAAUUAUCCUGCUGACAAAUAUAAUGAGGUCCUUGAUAAGGAACAGCUGGCUGCUAGUGAUUUGGAAGAUGAUGAGGAGGAAGCUGAAAUAGAAUAUGUUGAAGGGUAUGACGAUCUUGAAGAGGAGGAGGAUAUGGAAGAUUUUAGUGGACUUGCAAUUAGUAAGUCCCAUACAGAUGAUGAUGAUGUUGGAGGGGAUGAUGAUUAUGAGGAAACAGUAGCAAUUGAUCGCAAAAGAGAAAGAAGAGAAUCCAACUUGUCUUUGAGAAAGCUAGAGAAAGAUGAACGUAGUGCCAAACUAAAGAAGAAAGCAAGGGUACUUGUUGAGGUUGAGCAUGAUGUGGAUGAGAGACAAAAAGCAGUCCACUGAGUGUAUUGCCUUCAUAAGGAGUGGCAGUGGCAAAUUUUACAGUCAUAAGAUAUAACUGCAGAGAUUGUUAGUGAGAGGGAGGGCAAUCGUUGUAUUGUCGAGUUGCGGUAUCUAGCAAAAUUUUGACCUGAUGUUUGAGAGAUACCUCCUUACCUCACCUUAUACUUGUCUGUUUCGUUUUUUUGUUUUUCCAGUGUUUGUAUUGGACCUGAUGAGUUUAGGAGCUGAAUUCUUUAUUGCUUAUAGCUAGUUCUUGCUUCGCUUUUUCCAUCAUCUUGUUGUUUCAUAAAAACGAAAGAAGAUAUGGAGUUUGUGGUGGCAUACCCUGGAUCACGGAAUGUAUUAUAAUUAGUGAUAUUUGUGUGUGAGAGGAAACUAUCAUUGACAAAUAUUUCCUUCCUGGUAGUUGAUUUAACAUUUGUCUUACCCGAAA